GUUUGAAGUUAUUGAUUUACUUAUAAAUGAUUUUGUGUCGCAUAACAAAUCGUUAAUAAAGCUGUUCUAUGAUAUCAGUGAUUGAUCAUAAUUGGUACAAAGCAAUUAAGUCGAAAAUAUUUUCGGAAAACAUGUUUAAGCCACGAUCAUAUCAAAUAGAUCUUUAUGAAAGGGCAAUACAAGACAACACGAUAGUUUAUUUGCCAACUGGCUCAGGCAAAACAUACAUAGCUGUUAUGCUUCUAAAGCAUCUAAGUCGUGAUAUACGCAAAUCUUAUCAAGAAGGUGGAAAACGUAGUGCAUUCAUAGUAAACACAGUAGCAUUGGUUGAACAACAAUCACAAUAUAUACAGAGGCAUACAGAUCUGAAAUGUAGAGGUUACAGUGGAGAUAUGAAAGUGGAUUUUUGGUCGCAUGAAGAAUGGUUGAGUGAAAUAGAAGCACAUGAAGUUUUAGUAAUGACGUCACAAAUCUUCCUGAACUUGCUUAUUCAUGGAUAUUUAACAUUAGAUAGAAUAAAUUUAAUCAUAUUUGAUGAAUGUCACAGAGCUGUAUCUAACCACCCUAUGAGACAAAUUAUGCAACAAUUUACAAAUUGCUCCAAGAAAGAGCAGCCACGUGUUUUAGCUAUGUCAGCAACAUUGUUGAAUGCUAACAUAAAAGCAGAUAAAAUUGAAUCUACAAUUAAGGCAUUAGAAAUAACAUUUCAUGCGAAAAUAGCAACUGUAGACUCAAUAGAUUCAAUCCAAGAAUAUUGUACAAACCCGAAAGAAAAAAUCAUCACAUAUACGCAAUGUCUAGUUCCAGAAAUAAUGAAACAGUUAAAUGAUGUCAUUAAUACAAGUACUGAAGUUUGCAAAAAUUUAAAGCUUAAUUUUGAUGAAAUAUAUAAAGAAUCCAGUAACAAAAUGAAGCCUAGAUCAAAAUCUUCCAAGCUAAUUCUUAUUUUGGAAGACAUAGAAAAAGUUACGUUGCAAGCAGGUCUAUAUUGUGGAAGCAAGUCCGCUUUACUACAUUUAAUUCAGUUAGAGAGUAUGAGAAAAUAUUCCAAUGACAGAAUGACAAAUUUUCUUCUGGAUUAUCUAAUUACGCAAGUAUUGCGAAUAAGGAAAAUGCUCGAUAAUGAGAUGAAAGACUGUACAGAAAUAGACCAAUUACAUAACUUUUCAUGUGAUCAAAUCCAAAAAUUAUUCGAGAUGUUGAAACAUUAUAAUAAGGAAUUAAACGAACAAAAGUUUUGUUGUAUUAUUUUUGUCAGGGAAAGAUUUAUGACCCAAGUCAUAUAUCAUAUAUUAAAAAUAUUAUCUGAACACGAUGAACAAUACAGUUUUCUUAAACCCGAUUAUGUAGUUGGCUUUCAAAAUGAUCCUUACAAGAAUAGUAAAGAAGUUACAUGUAUUGCAAAAUGGAAUAAGCAAGUGUUGCAAAGAUUUAAGAAUGGUUCAUCAAAUUGCAUUGUAGCGACUGAUGUUGUCGAUGAAGGUAUCGAUAUACCAACUUGCACGUUGAUAAUACGUUAUGAUAUACCAAUAGAUUUUAGAGCAUAUGUUCAAAGUAAAGGUCGAGCACGCCACAAUUUGAGUAAUUAUUUAAUUUUUACGGAAGGUGAAGAUAAUGACGAUUUUCUAAUUAAAUAUUAUCAAUACAAAACUACAGAGGAUAAAUUAAGAAAGAUUUUAAUGGGACAAACAAUGGAACGCACAUUGCCUACCCAAGAUGAUAUUAUAAACUGUUUGUAUCAUGAUUUUGAUAUCGAACCGUAUAUAAUAAAACAUGAUGGCGUUAUAGUAAGUCAACUAACAGAGUUGGCCGUGAUUGACUUAAUAAAUUUAUAUUGUGGUUCUUUAUUGUCAUCAAAAUUUGUUAAUCUGGUUCCGAUUUGGAAGUUAGAUGAGUGUUCUACAGAAUUGUAUAGGGUUUCCCUCAAAUUACCAAACCUAUCACCAUUAAAAACCACAAUUUACGGUAAAUAUAUGAAAAGUAUACCUGGUGCUAAACGAUCCGCUGCUAUGAAUACUUGUAUAAAAUUGCAUGAACUGAGUGCAUUGAACGAUAAGCUAUUACCUGCAACGAAUGAAGAAUUAACGAAAAAUUUGGAUUUCUUAUUUCCAAAUUGGAUAAAUGAAGAUGAUAAGACGAUUGGCACACAUAAGAGAAAGCGUCAACAUCAGCUAGAACAUCCGCUAGCAUUGUAUGGUGCGUACCCACAGUCUUCACAAUUAUUGCAUCUUCAUGUUUUUGAUUGUACUUCUAUAUGUCCUGUAACGAGUUAUGACAACAGACGCAUAGUCUUUUAUAAUUUGCUUAAUGACAAAAGUGGCUUUGGUAUUCUUUCUACAAAGAGUUUGCCAAAGAUAUCCUCAUUUCCGAUUUUCAUGAAGGAUGGUAAAUUAAACGUCAAUGUAAAGUCUGACCAUACGACGAUGAUGUUGAGUGAAAAUAAAAUUAAGUUGCUUAAGAGAUUUAAUUUCUUAUUGUUUAGUGAAAUUAUUCCUGUUAUUAAAAAUUUUAUGAUUUUUGAUAAUGAUAAUCUUGAAAAUUCCUUCGUAAUUGUUCCAUUAAACGACAAGCAAGAGAUAAAUUGGAACAUUGUUGAAACAUAUCAGGAUUUAGAAAGAAUUACACCGACUAUACCUUUUCACUUUAGGACUAGUGAUUACGAAUUAGCACUUGUUACUCCAAGUUACAGGCACAAUGCGGUCUAUAUAGUCACACGAGUCUGUGACGAUCUCACACCCGAAUCAUGUUUCCCCAAUGAAGAUUUCGAUACAUACACGCAUUAUUAUAAAGAAAAACACGGACUAAAAAUAGAAAAUUUGCAACAAUCUAUGUUGGAAGUAAAGCCAAUACCAAUUAAAAUUAAUUACAUAAAACCAAGAAAACUACCCGAAGGUUCGUUGAAAUAUAAAAAAACUGAUGACACAGUGGAAGAUCUUCAGGAACAUUUAGUUCCAGAAUUAUGUUACAAGAUAAAUUUUCCGUCUGUGUAUUGGUUAAAAGCAACUACUUUACCUUCCAUUCUUCAUAGAAUAUGUCAGAUUUUAAUCGCGGAAGACUUGAGAGUAAUUAUCGCAAAAAAGAUUGGAUUAGGAACAUCACCAUUGAAAGAAUUGUCUUUUUUUAAAAUAGAAGAAAAUUUCGAGAAAUUAAAUGAAGAAGAUUAUAGUAAUGGAUUGGAUUUUAUGGAUGAUUCAAUCGAAAAGACGCUAUCAGAUCAAUCAUAUUCAGAUUUAAAUGUAUUUGAUUUGGAUUGUAACCUCUUCAUAAAAGACCAGGAACCUCGGGAUUUAUAUCGUAAUAUAGAUGAUAUUCAAAUGAUCGAUAUUCAUCAUUACAACCAGUUUAUGCAUGAAGAUACCUAUAAUGAAGAUGAGAAUAUCAAGAAAAAUGUGAAUAAGAAAAUUGGUCACUACAUACAGAGGCCAGUAAUAUCAGCACCAUCGUUGAAUAUUCUGUCUGAUGAGCAACCUUCUUUCUCACAAGGUCCUAAUUCGAUUGAAAUUAUGCAGGCGCUGACUACUACAUUAGGCUUAGAUAUGUUCAAUCUAGAGCGGUUGGAAACUUUAGGCGAUUGCUAUCUAAAGUUCAUUGUAUCAUUAUUUUUAUAUCACAGAUUCCCAUCAUUUAACGAAGGUCAAUUAACGACGUUGAAGUCAAAGAUUAUUGGCAAUCGAAAUCUCUAUUAUUGCGGUCAUAAAAAAGGUAUUCCGGGGCGUAUAAAGAACGAUGCAUUUGUGCCCACGAGCAAUUUUAUCCCGCCCGCAUUCACGGUGUAUCGUCCAUUGCAAAAGAUAUUACUAGAUCAAUCGGUGGCACCAAAUGUAUUAUACGAAUGUCCAAUACCACCAAUCGAGAGAUUUACUGGAUAUUUAAAUGAAGAUACGUUAAAUAUGAUGCAAAAUACAGUAAUGAAUUGGGAAACUGGAGAUAAGCAAACUGGCGUCGAACAUUUUCUCGGUGUACAAGUCUUAUCCGAUAAAAACGUAGCAGAUUCGGUGGAAGCGCUUAUUGGUGUUUAUCUCAAAAGUAACCAUAUAAAAGGUGCCGCAAAGUUGCUCAAGUGGUUCGGUAUACUACCUGAUUUUAAGAUUAACGAAUUAUUGGAUAGCAAUUCACAGAAUUCUAAAAUUAUCACAAGUGAGCUUAACUAUCACAUGCCAUGGGCUGAUACUUUAGAAAUCAGGAUUGGCUAUAAAUUUAAAAAUCGAGAACUUCUGUUACAGGCGUUUACGCAUCCAUCCUACACAGCAAAUACAAUAACUGAAUGUUACCAAAAAUUAGAAUUUAUCGGAGAUGCUAUUCUUGAUUUUCUGAUAACGUGUUAUAUUUAUGAAAAUAAUGAGAAUUUAAGUCCUGGUAAACUCACCGAUCUAAGAUCAGCGCUUGUUAAUAAUAUAACGUUUGCUUGUUUGUCAAUACGAUAUGGUUUGCAUGUCGCCUUAUUGUCCUAUGCUCCAAAAUUACACGAAAUAAUUGAUCGCUUUGUAAAAUUCCAAGAAGGACGAGAUUAUGUGGUUAAUGACGAGUUGCUAUGCGUAUUGAUCGAAGAGGACGAAUGUAAUUUAACAGAAUACAUCGAUGUUCCCAAAGUUCUAGGAGAUAUAUUUGAAUCUCUAAUUGGUGCCAUUUAUUUUGAUUGUGGCAAGAAUCUUGUGAAAGUAUGGGAAAUAAUUUAUUCUUUCAUGCACAAAGAAAUCGAUGAAUUUAGCAGAAAUAUUCCUAAACAGCCAGUACGAGUAAUAUAUGAAAAUACAGACAUACAUCCCAAGUUUCUAGAAGCAAUAUUGAUUAAAGGAACUGACACAGUUAUGAUACCUUUGAAAAUCACUAUUGGUGGAAAAGAGAAACUGUUCCAUGGUUUCGGUAGUAACAAAAAACAAGCUAAAUGCGCAGCUGCAAAACAAGCAUUAAAAAGACUGCAACUCGAAAAAUUAAAUUAAGUUCUUUUAAGAUUGUUUUACAUGAUAUAUAUUGGGAGUACAAAUUAGUUCAGUCCGUUUUCCAAAAGAUGGUUUCGGCUGUUGUUAAUGGUUCAUAGUGACAGCUGAUUUUGGUUUCAGAGAGGUUAGACAUCUGCUAUAAUAGAAACGCUCAAAUAGGAUAUUUUAUCGCACCCGCCGUAUUCUCCGGACAUUGCUCCUUCUGAUUACGAUUUGGCAAGUCACCGGUUCACUUCUUUCGUAGAAAUCGAAAAUUGGCUCCAAAAUUGGAUCGCCUCUAAAGACGAGUCAUUUUUUCGAGAUGGAAUUCGAAAAUUACCUGAGAGAUGGGAAAGAGUAGUAGCCA